AUGGCGGCGGCGCUGGAGCUGCGGGAGGCGUUGGCACAGCGACUACGGGACCUGGACAUCGCCACGGUCACCGCCGACCACCCCGAGGUGGUCACUGUUGAAGAAAUGAUGCCUCACAUCCAACACAUGAAAGGAGGUCAUAGUAAAAAUCUUUUUCUUAAAGACAAAAAGAAGAAAGGGUUCUGGUUGGUGAGUGUUCUGCACAACCGGCAAAUCAAUUUAAACGACCUUGCUAAAAAAUUGGGUGUUGGAAGUGGAAACCUAAGAUUUGCUGAUGAAAACACGAUGCUGGAAAAACUAAAAGUGGGCCAGGGCUGUGCGACCCCCCUUGCCCUUUUCUGCGACCAGGGGGAUGUGAGGUUUGUGCUGGAUGCUGGCUUUCUGGACGGUGGCUACGAAAAGGUGUAUUUUCAUCCAAUGACAAAUUCUGCAACUAUGGGUUUAAGCCCUGACAACUUGUUGAAGUUUGUGAGAUCAACAGGCCACGAUCCCAUCAUCUUACAUUUUGAUGAAGAUACUAAGUAGAUACCUGUUACUAGACACAGAUUUUGUAAAGCAAAUCUUAUUACAAAUAAAAUUUGAAAACCAAAAUUUUUUUUUUUUCAGCUGUGUAAGUUUAUACUGUAUAAUCUGGCAGGGGAAAAUAC